AUGCGCACGAGUGAUGACCUGAUCUUUUUCGCUCAGUCGGGUCCGCGACGAGUGUCGCUUCCCAGCGCGCACCCCUGCUACGCCUGUGCGCCGGCCUUUUUAGCUGUGAACCCCGUCUCGGAGGACGAGUCCGCGGCCAAGCGCUUAUGUGCUCCGUCGUCUACACCAGGCUUUCCUGGCAACCACCGGCUGGCGCCAGGUCGCCGCCCGCUGCCCUUCACCAAGCCAACACCGACUCGCGCUCCAAGAACUCAAAAAGUAUAA